CGGCAACGCUGUGCAGCACACAGGCAGAAGCCAGAUUUGAUCAAACGGAGCAAUGUUUUAAGCAAUACUUAAUGGUUGUUAUUUUAUUUGAACGUAAUAUAAAGUAAGUGUCGUAAAUUUGGUUAGCGUAAAUAAAACUGAAUGAGAAGAAAGCAAGCUAGAAUAUGCCAAAUCCCCGGGACUGCGGCUGCUACGUGCGCGUGUGCUUGUAGUCAACAAAUGGGACCAAAUUACAACGACCUUAAUUGUGUUAAAGUGCAGCUAGAGAUUUGCGAGAUUCAGGCUGAACGCGAGCAGCAACAGCUGCAGCUGGAGCUGGUGGAGCAGCUGGCGACCGACGAAGCGCAAGCCUCAAAAUAGGAGCGUCGACCUCGUCGACAGGAGCGUCACCAGCACAGCCCAGUGACGGAUCGAGGAUGUCGGCGCGCAAACCAGCAGUGGGAGCGGUAGCGGGAGCGGGAGCAAAGCCUGAUAAUAAUAAUGCAUCGCCCACACUUGAGCUGGAAGCGGCCCCAGGCGAGGAUGGAGCAGCACCAGCAGCAGCUGGGGACGCAUCAACAGCAACCACAGCAGCAGCAUCAGCUGGAGAUGCAGCUGAGGCAGCUGCUCUAGCUGAUGAAGCUGUACAGGAAACGGAUAAGAAUAAAGACCAGGACACUGACCUGAUAGAACGACAUAGUGAUCCCUCGCCACUGAUCACAGAAUGCGGCACGCCGCGCAAGUCAUGCUCCGAGACACUGGCAGCCAAGAAUGUGCGCGUUACGCGCCACUCGUCGCCUUUGCUGCUGCACAGCUCUUCGCCGACGAGCAAGCGGGAUGCGCGAGAGACACUCGAACCGGCGGCGGCGGCAGCUGGCAGCGAUAACGAGGAGCUGCCCAGUGGCAGCAGCCAAAGAAAGGGCUCAGCGGAGCGGCAAAGCGGCAAUCUGCCGAUAAUACGCGGCCGCAAGUCCAUUAAGGAGCUAAAAGAAGCCAAAGAAGUUGCCGCCAAGUCAGCGGAAGAGCUGCUGGUCAAGGAGGAGUCCAGCGAUGCUAUGGAACUCGAUGAGCAGGGGCUGGAGCAGGAGCAGGCAGCAAAAGAGCCGAAGGAAAUGAAAGACACAAAAGACAAUGCCAAUGCAAAGCUAAGCGACAAGGAGAAGGACGCCAAGGAUACCCCAAAGGACUCCAAAGACAAGGAGAAGGAGAAGGAAACAACACCCACGCCCACACCGCCAGCCACAGCAGCAGCAACAGCAGCAGCGACAACAACAACAACAACAGCAUCAACUCCAACCACAACCACGUGCAAUCGCGUCACACGCAAAGCGCACGCCCAGGAGCUAGCGCUGGCCAACAACAACAACAACAACACGCGCGUCACCCGCAAUCGGCGCCAGUCAUCGACGGUGAACAAUGAGCCACAGCUGCCGGCGCGCGGUCGCCGAAAAAAGCCAGCGCCGCCAGAGCCAACCAAGGAGCAGCUGCAGCUGCUCAAGCGCAAGCGCUCCGACGAUGACACUGAACUGGGCCUCAAGUACGCCAAGGUUGAGGUCAAGGAUGAUGAGGAUGAGUCCGAGUCCACGAGUGUCGCGGAUGAGGCCAAAUCAACCAGCACGUUGAGCAUUAAACUGGAACCGCCGGACAGCGAGGAGCCGCAAUCGCCUGCUGCCACGCCCACACCGCAAUCAGCCCAUCGACGCGGACGCGGCAGGCCGCAGACCAAGGGAACACCCACCACCACAGCCACCGCUGCCAGCACGCGCGCAACACGGCACAGCAAGGCGGGCUCACCGGGUCUGUUGGCCGCGACGACAACGACAACGCCCGCGGAGCCAACGCCGCCGAAGCGGCGGCGCGUGGGCUCCGCAAAUCGCAGCCUGCUGGCCGCCAAGGCGGCAUCUGCCAGUUCUAGUUCGCUGGCCGCCAGUUCCGCUGGCGGCGCUGCCGGCGACGAGGACUCCAAGGACAGUCUGACCUCCACCUCGAUGGACGAUCUGCUGCUGGCCGCCACGGAGAUCAAGCAGGAGAAACUGGCGCUCGAUUUCGACGAGAGUCUCGAUGCGGUUGCCAAGACCACAGAGCCGGAGUCCGAGCUCGCUGAGCAGGCGCAGGCCUCCACCUCGAUUGCAGCGGCUGCCAAUGGCAUUGAGCCGCUGACCGUGGAUACGGAAACGGUGAAAAGCACUGAUCAGGAUUCACUGCAGCAGAUCGCUGGCGUCCCGGCCGAGGUCGAGGGUGAAGCCGAAGCCGAAACCGAAACUGAAUCGAAUGAGGCUGGCAAGGCACCCUCGCUGAGCCCCGAGAUGAUCAGUGAAGGCGUCAGCGCUAUUAGCGUUAAACAGUUUUACAAGAAGCCCGAGUUUCUGGCCAACAAUCUGGGCAUCGAGAAGGACCCGGAGCUGGGCGAGAUUGUGCAAAUCGCAAGCGAGACGCAAACAGCAACUGUUGUGGCAGCUGCAACAGCAGCAGCAGCACCUCCUGAUCAAGAGGAGCCUCUCCAGGCAGACGGGCUUGAAAUUGAGCUCGAAACGGAAACGGAGGCGGAGCCAGAGGUAGUGGCAGAGAAGGAGCUGGAGGGCAAACUGAACGACUCCUAUGCUGGGAGCAUGGGUGAGCUGCGCGUGGACGAAAGCGGCGAUGAGACGGAGCAGGAGGCACAAAAGCCGACAACAGCAGCUGUCAGCUCGCCGGGCGAGCUUAAUGGUGGGGUCGAGGAGCUGCCGGCCAAGACAGAUGACUAUGAUGACUUUGAAAGCGAGAUUAUGGAGCAGCUGGCCAAGGAGGGCGUCGUGGAUGCCAGCGGUAACGCGCUAAGCGCCAGCAAGCUUCAGCAGGAGCAGGACCAGGAGCAGCAGCAGCAACAGCAGCAGUCAUUGGCAACCAUUGAAUGUGAUAAGACCCAGCUGGCGGCGGAGCUGGAUGUGCAAGCCACAAAGAAGCUGCCGCCCGCUGAAAUGGUGCUAACCUUGGAGGUGGAACCAUUGACCGAGGAGCAGGAAGCCGAAGCGAAUGCUGUGGCCGAUGAUGACACCGAUAUGCAAAUCCUGACCGAAGACUGUGCCGAAUAUCCCGAGGAGAACAAGGAGAAUGUGUCCACGGCCACAACAGAUGCCAUUGCCGUUGCCGUGGCAUCUGCCGUCAGUCCAGAUGCCGUCAUGGAGCUGGAGCUGGCGCUCAAGACAGAAGAUGGCCACGCCGCCAAGCUCGAACAGGAACUGGCCGAUCUGGAGGAGGAGAAACCGCUGGCCGCCGUCGCAGCCGAGCAAAAGCAAUUGCCCAAAACUGAGGCCAAUGGAAAACUCAAAAAGCUGACGGAUGGCGACGAUGAGCUGCGUCGCGAAAAGGAGCGCCAUCUGCAGCAUCUCGGCCUGCUGACCCACCAGGCCGCCGAGCAGCUGCGCCAGGAGUACAUACACACGCACACGCGCGCCGUCCACCAACAGCAGCAACAGCACCAACAACAGCAGCAGCAGCAACAACAGCAGAGCGGCAAGCGGUCAGCGGGCAAAGGUGGCAGCGCCGCGCACAUCGAGUCCAGCGGCACCCUGAAGACGGUCAUCAAGCUGAAUCGCAGCAGCAAUGGGGGCGCCGGCGGCGCCACGGGUGUGCCGACCGGCACAGUUAUCCACGGCGGCGGCCCCGUUACAGGCAUCAGCACAACGGCAGCUACUGCUGCAGCUGCUGCUGCUGCCGCCAGCAGCAUGGGCAGCGCGACACGCAAAGGCGGCGGCAUCGCUGGCAAUGCGGCCAGCUCGGCGCACGGUGUGCGUCGCCAGUCGCUCAAGAUGACAUUCCAAAAGGGACGCGCACGCGGACACGGCGCUGCCGACCGUGCCGCCGAUCAGCAUGGCGCCCAUGCCGAGGACUCCUACUACACCAUACAGAACGAGAACGAAGGUGCGAUCAAUCGAAACAAUUUGAAUUCGGAUUCAUCGCAUUCGGAGGGUCAUGGCGGUCAAGUGGAACACGGCUUCUAUCAGAUGGUGAAGAAGGAUGAGAAGGAGAAGAUUCUGAUACCGGAGAAGGCGUCCUCGUUCAAGUUUCAUCCGGGUCGCCUGUGCGAGGACCAAUGCUAUUAUUGCAGCGGCAAAUUUGGACUCUACGAUACGCCCUGCCACGUCGGCCAGAUCAAGUCCGUGGAGCGUCAGCAGAAGAUACUUGCAAACGAGGAGAAGCUGACGGUCGACAAUUGCCUGUGCGACGCCUGCUUCCGCCAUGUGGAUCGUCGCGCCAAUGCGCCCUCCUACAAGAAGCGCCUCUCCGCGCCCGGCCACCUCGAGACGGGCAACAACAACAACAACAGCAACAACGCCGGCGCGGGCGGUGGCGGCGGCAAUGGCAACAGCCUGGACAAACAUUUCACGGGAGAUGCCGGCGAUUCGGAGUUUGCAACGACCUCGUCGGGCGCCGUCUCCGGGUCGGCGGCGCAACGUGUUUGUGCUGUCAAGGAUUGCGCAGAUGCGGCCGGCCACUCGCUGCGGCGCAAAUGCGUCCGCAAGAGCGUCAAGAAGUGCCUGCUCAACUUUGAGAUACCGGCGGGCACCUCGAGCGUCUGGCUCUGUGAGCCCCACUACAAUACGGUCAUCCAGUCGUCCGGCUGUGUGCUCUGCAAGCGUCGUCUGGGCAAGAAUCACAUGUACCACAUUACCUCGCAGGACACGGAUCGCUUGGAGAAGGCGCUCUCCGAGAUGGGCAUACCCGUGCAGCUGGGCGUCGGCACCGCCGUCUGCAAGCUCUGCCGCUACUUUGCCAAUCUGCUAAUGAAACCGCCGGACAGCACCAAGUCCCAGAAGGCCGAGUUUGUCAAGAACUAUCGCAAGAGGCUGCUUAAGGUGCACAAUCUGCAGGAUGGCAGCAAUGAGGCCUCCGAGGUGGAUGAGGAGGAUGCCAACGCCGGUUGCAGUGCCUCAACUGGCGCCGGCACGGCUCCAGCUGCCAGCGCCUGUGAUGAUGCCUCCAGCGAAAUGCCCAUGGUGGUGGACUAUGAUGGCCCAACGGACUCCAAUUCGAGCAGCUCAUCAACAACGCCCAUCAUCGGGCAUGCGGUCAGCGCCAGCAAACAAAUGUCCAAGCUGCAGGCGAUACUUCAGCAGAAUUUGGCUGGCGAUGCGACAGCCACAGCCAACUCCAAUUGCUCCUCCAAUUCCAAUUCCAAUGCGAAUGCCAAUGCCAAUGCCAAUGCGAAUGCGAAUGCGAAUGCGAAUGCCAAGGGCAAGGCCGGCGCCGACAUCUCGAAUGUGCUGCGCGGCAAUCCGAACAUCUCGAUGCGCGAACUUUUCCACGGCGAGGAGGAUCUGGGCGUGCAGUUUAAGGUGCCCUUCGGCAGCAGCAGCAGCCAGCGCACGCCGGAGGGCUGGACGCGCGUCCAAACGUUCCUGCAGUACGACGAGCCGACGCGCCGCCUCUGGGAGGAGCUGCAGAAGCCGUAUGGCAAUCAGAGCUCCUUUUUGCGCCAUCUCAUACUGCUGGAGAAGUAUUAUCGCAAUGGCGACCUCGUGCUUGCCGCGCACGCCUCCUCCAAUGCCAGCGUUUAUACGCAGACCGUGCGACAGCGUCUCAAUUCCUACGAUCAUGGUCAUUGCGGUGGCCACCAAAGCAAUGCCAAGACAAAUGCCGCCGCCUCCGCCGUUGCCGCCUCCUCCUCCGCCUCCGCCUCCUACUCCUACUCAUCCUCCUCAUCAUCAGCGAACGCUGCCAACCCGCCAGCCAAUGCCAGUCAAUCCUGUUCGCCGAAUGCUGCCAGCAACAGUAGCAGCAGCAGCAGCAGCAGUAGCAGCGUGCUCGCCAACGCGCUGACCAUGCCCCAGGGCAGCAAUAACAGCGGCAUGGAACAGACGUCUGGCCAGCCAGAGCCCGUCAUUCCGCUGGUGGAGCUGAACGAUGAUGAUGACGAUGACGUGGAUGCGGACAAGGAGGAUGCGGCCGACUAUGCGCCAGAGUGCGGAAUGUUGCCACUGGACCGACUGCGCACCGUCUCCGUAGACAAGCUGACCAAGCAGCUCAGCUCCAAUGCGGUAACCAUUAUAGCGCGACCCAAAGACAGCGGCAAAGCCACAGCUGGAGCGAGUGCAGCAGCCGGGGGAGCAACAACGGCCACAGUGUCGCCAGCAGCAGCAGCCUGUGUGGGCGACGAAUUGUCGCCGGUCAAAGGGGCGCUCCAAGCUAAGGAUGCGCCACCGCUGGUGCCCACCAAUGCGUCCAAUAGCCGCAGCAUACUCAAGACCAAUCUGCUGGGCAUGAACAAGGCGGUGGAAAUUGUUCCGCUUCCAACCAGUCAUCAGCAACAACAACAACAACAACAACAGCAGCAGCAGCAGUCGCAGUCCAAUCACAAGUCCGCGUCUGCCUCCAACGAGAAGCCGCACAAGCUGCUGGACAUGGCCAACAAGCUGGUGAGCAGCCAUAGCCACAACCAGCUGCCGCCGCCGCAGCAGCAGCAACAGCAGCCGAAGUCUAAGCCGAUGUUGGCCAACGCCGCGACCGCAAUUCUGCAACAGCAGCCGACACCAAAGCCGCCGCCCAAUGUGGCGCAGCUGCUUAGCUCGCCGCCGGAGCUGAUUAGUUUGCAGCGUCGUCGCACGAGUGCCGCCAAUUCGGGAAGUGCCGCCACGCUGCCAACGCUGGCGGGCAAACGGCUGCAGCUGCCGCGCGCAGCCGGCGGGGGCUCAGGUUCAGGCGCGGGCUCAGGCUCAGUCGGGGGCUCAGGUUCAGGAUCUGGUGCGCCCAGUGUGAUUAUGCUACCGGAUAGGCUGACGCCGCAGGAGCGGCUCGAGAGCAAGAGCUGGAAGCCGACGCUGAUACCGCUCAAGGAGCAGCACAAGGUGCCGAGUAAGUCGCCAACGCUGUUCCAAACAGCCGACGGGCGCCGUCUGCCCGCCCAGGUGCAGGUCCAGUCCGGCGGCAAGCCAUACCUCAUCUCAAUCAUUGACUACAAUCGCAUGUGCAUCUUGCGGCGUGAGAAGCUCUUGUAUAACAUGACCAAAACGGCCGCAGCGCAGCAAACUGCACGCCAGCAGCUGCAGCAACUCCAACAACAGCAGCAACAACAACAACAACAACAGCAGCAACAACAGCAACAACAACAACAACAACAACACAAACAUCAGCAGCUGCCGACGCUGCAGCCGGGCGGAGUUGGCACCGGCAGCGCAUUGCGAUUGGCACGGCUCGCACCGAAGCCCAUGCCGCCGCUUAGCAAUCCACAGAAUGCCAGUGGAGCAGCUGGUGGCGCCCAGUCGCAGUCACAGUCACAGGCGCAAUCAUCGCCAGCCAGCUUUCAGCCGAUGCUCAGCAAUGCGUUGGCAGCGGCAGCCGCAACGGCCGCGGCGGCGGCGGCGGCAAACAACAGCAGCGUUAGCAUGGAUAGCAACAGCUCCUGGCUGUGGAAGAACUUUCCGGAUGCCAAUCAGUAUAUAUUGAAUGGUGCUGCCGCCGCCGCCGCCGCCGCAGCGGGAGCAGCCAACAAAUUUCCGCAUCUGACGGCCAAGCCGGCGACGGCAACGAGCUCUGCGGGCGGCGGCGGAGGAUUGGGUGGCAUUACAUUUACCCUGAAACAGCAGCAGCAACAACAGCAGCAGCAGAAGCUCAUCGACAAUGUCAUCAUGUCCAAGAUACCCAAAAGUCUUACGGUGAUACCACAGAAUAUGGGUGGCGGCGGAGGAUUAGGAGGAGCAGCAGCCAAUGAUGCCGGCGGCCACAAAGAUUGAUGAUUGGCCUGAUGCCGGAUAGAACUACAGAUAGAACUCAAUCCUGCCAGUGAGAGAAAAGCGAAUCAACCAGAAACUAAUAAGCAUAAGAGAAACCAGAACGAGGCGGAGCAGCUGCAGGAGCAGGAGCAGGAGAAGAACAAGCAAAAGCAAAUGCAUUUCAAAAGAUAUAUAAUAAUAUAAGCGAAACGUGAGAGAGCGAGAAAGAGCGAGGUAGUGCGAGAGAUGGAGACAGAGAGAGAGAGAGAGACAGAGAGAGAGAGAGGGAGAAAAGGUAGGGAGGGAGGUAUAUUGGAUGGAUCAGAGAUCAGAGUCAGGGUGUUUUUUGAUUAGGUUUUAGAAUAAAACAUAUAUAUUCCAUAAGAACACAACCACAAGAGAAGCGAAGAUGCGAAGAAGAAGCAGAAGAAGAAGGGAACACGAAAAUGAAAAACAAAACAAAAAAACAUGCAAGAACUUAAAAAUAAAGAGUACUAGGGUUACGCAUAAGAGUAUACCAUAAAUACAUAUAUAUACAUAUAUAUAU